AUCGAAAGUUUGGUUGAAAGAAGAUCGAAAGUGCUGAGGCGUGACUCGAGACAGAAGGAUAUAAUGAUUUUUUUUCGAGAACUUCGCCGCAUGGUUCAGCGGCUCGCGGUCGUGCCACCUUAGCGACAAUUGGACUCGUGAUGGGAUAAACAUGGUGCAAGAAAUAGCCAGAAGUAAUUGUUGGUUCCUUCUAGAGAGACUAGAAAGCUGUGGCGAAGCGAACCGUAUAAAACGGCAGCGAUGGAGAACCUCUCUUUAGUUUGACACGAACCGAACCGCUUAAGUUUACUUUCAGCUCACUACCGAGGACGAUGAAUAAUUUGGGUGUCGCGUUGUUGUUGUGCGCCGUGUGUGGCGUAUUGGGAGGCCGACGUUACAUCGCGAUUCCCGUCGAUGGUAUUAACGAUGUCGACGUCAUCGAAGUGAAUCCAAUCGCACCCUCGCUGUCGAGGGUGGCACGGCAAACGGAGGCGUACGUACCGAUCGCUGUACCCAGUGUUGUCCACCAGGAUGACACCGAGGGGCAGCGUUCCGAGCGAUCGGCCACGCGUGUCCUAGAUUACGUCGACUUCGGAGGACAUACCGGUUCCAACGGAGCCUUCAGUUGGUACGCUGAUUACCCGGCUCGUUUAUAAUUAGCCAACUUUAUCGAGACGAAGGCAACAAUCGUGUCAUGCUGCACAAGCGAAAUUAACUGUCGAAAGUCUGCAAGGUGCAAAAGACACAGAGUUCAGCGAUUCGACUCUGAGAUUUUAAUCUAAGCAAAUUUUACACAUCUUUAAAAAGUCAAGAAUGUUAGAAUCUAAGAAUUGUAAUAGAGAUCUGUUAAUGAAAGAAUCUUCCCGAAACAAGAAGGAAUGUUUUAAUAUGAAAAAAACUCAAAGCGCAGAAGAGUCAAAGUUGUCAAGGAAGAUCAUGUUACCUUAUCUUAUACUGUAAUCCAAUUUUCUUUAUUUUCUGGUACUUGUUACGAUACAAUAAAUAGCGAAGAAAAUUGA